AUGCUCGAACUGCAGCUAACAUCCGGCGAGAGUGAAAGCUUCUUCCAUCUAAGCGUGACGGGCCAGCUCGAAUCCGCCCACUUCCCGAUGGGCCCGGACGGUGGUGGUCUGUUCUGCCGGUACGACAUUGUGGCCGGCCCCGACUGGGAACUCGUCUCCGGUCUCCGAUCGGCCGUCACGCAGAGCGCCCGCACCGAGUCCGACUAUCGCACGGUCGUGUUUAACAUGCCGGUAGAGUUUACGAUGAAAUCCACCAACCCGCACGGUUGGCCCCAGAUCAUCUUCAGCCUUUACGGCGCCAACAUCUGGAACGUAGAAACGAACCGUGGCUAUGCGAGGGUUCACUGUCCGCUGAGCGGCGCAGGCACGGAGAGGACAAUAAAAGCACCACUCUUCAUCCCGAAGUACUCGAACCUCUGCUCCGCGGCAAUGAGCUGGCUGAGCGGUGUGAAUCCGGAACUGCGCGACCCCAAGAUACUGGCCGACGGCUCCAAACACAAGGGUCUCGCGUGCGAGACGUACGGGGAGCUGGUGGUACGGCUGCAGGCAAUAUCACGUGGCAGCAGCCGGAUGGCACUGGACUGGGGCCAAACGGCCGUGGACGAUCGAUGAGGAGGAGGAGGUGCGCGCGCGCGUGUAUGUGUGUAGGAAAGAAACGCUGGCUUAAUGAAUAAAGGCACACAACGGCACGCUACGCACACGCUAAGCGGAUGUAGCUUUUUGCUUGCUUUUGGUGGGUGAGACUGGGGGGACGACACGAAGGGGGUUGACUUUUGGCCUUCAGAUGUACAUCGGCACAAACUGUUCGUUCGUGACGAUCGGAUCCGUCCGGUAAGGGCGCGUUGGCGGCACCGGCGGCAUCCGUUCCGUCGUGCGCUCCUCCAUCGUGCGCGUCUCCAGCGUGGACGCAUCAUGACUGAACUGCUUCCGGUAAAACUCGCUCUUGCCGCCGGUCUUCUCCACCAGCAUAAUGUUCUUGAUCAGGAUCUCGUGCGAGACCGCCUUGCACAUGUCGUACACGGUCAGGGCGGCAAUCGAAACGGCGGUCAGGGCCUCCAUCUCCACACCCGUCUUGCCGUCGCACUUCACCUUCGCCAGUAUGUGCACCUCGUGCGUGGAGCUGUUCAGGUUCGUUUCCACCUUGAUCGAGGACAGCGGGAUGUUGUGGCACAGUGGGAUCAGAUUGGACGUUUUCUUUGCCGCCACUAUGGCGGC